AUGGUUGGACGGCAACUUGUUGAACAUUGCAAUUCGGAGAACAGCUUGUCCUUCAAAACUGAGAAGGCAAUCGAUUUGCCAAACUUGUGCCAAAACAGCUGUCAAGGCACAGGCACUGAUGAGUCUUCGCAGCGGCACGGUCCUGCAUCUGCUGGUGGCACACCCGUGACGGAACAUGCAAUUGUCGGAGCCAUGCCGUGGUACUUGGCUGGGGUCAGGAUGCUCUCCGAGAUGGCUCCAGAUGGGACCUGGCAGGGUAGCCCUGGCGAAGGAAGAGCACCGUGGCUGCUUCUGGCGGAAGCUCUGUAG